UUUAAUUUGUCAAGAAAAUCCGAGAAUUGCCUUCAGCAACUCUGAAAGAGUGCAUCCUUGGUACUAAACUGAUGGCGGAAGCCGCCGCGAAGAGCCCCCAACUUGUUUCUCCAACCGACGAGGGAUCCCCUCCGUUGCCGGAAGAACUGAUUUCCGAGAUCCUCCGUAGGGUUCCGGUGAGAUCCCUUCUGCAAUUCCGCUGCGUCUGCAAAGCAUGGAAAACCCUAAUCUCCCACCCCCAAUUCGCGAAGGACCACCUUCGCACCUCAAUCGCCGAUCCAACCAUGGCCAACCAGCGAUUAGUCUCAACCCUAAUCGGCCGCAGCAAAAUCACAUCUUGCUCAGUUCAGUCACUCUUCCAAAACCCCUCAACCCUAAUCGAACCCCAUUGCUUCGCCAUGAACCGCGAUUACCGCAUCCUAGGUUCCUGCAACGGAAUACUAUGUUUGUCCGAUGUUCACCAAAGUUACGUCAGAUUGUGGAACCCUUCCAUCAGGUUCAUAUCCGAAAGGGUUUCAAUCAAAAAGUUUAUACCUUCAGUGAGUAAUAAUACCAAUAGUAUUGCUCACCAUGGUUUUGGCUAUGACCACGUGAAUGACAAGUACAAGUUGCUGAUAAUAGUGCGGGAUCGUGGUAAAGCUAGGGCAAAUAUACUCACAUUUGGUGGUGCAAAAUAUUGGAACAAUAUUCCCAAUUUCCCCUACUGUCCCACCACCUUGAAAGGGAAAUUUGUGAGUGGCACUCUUAAUUGGGUAGCUAAGCCUAAUAGAGGUGAAAGUGAUGAUAAAAAAGUGAUUCUUUCGUUUGAUUUGGGGACUUUGAAAUGCAGUGAAGUGCUUCUGCCUGCUGGGAACAUUCGGAGCAUUUGGAAGCCUAUGAUUGAUAUUGUGCGAGGCUGUGUUUGUGUUUUUUACUUUGACUCUGAAAAGAACAAUUGGGCUGUGUGGCUGAUGAGAGAGUAUGGGGUUAGAGAUUCGUGGACUAAGUUGAUGACUAUUCCUGGCUUUGUUGAAGGUGAAAAGGCUUUGGUGAUGCCUUACACUGAGUGGUGCACUUGUGGUGAUGGAUGGUUGCCAUCACUUGACCCUUUGUGUGUUUCGGAAAAUGGCAUUGCUCUCUUCAUUAUUUCCUUUACUAAGUUGAUUUUGUAUAACUCUAAUGAUGGUAGGUCGGAUUGUGUUAGGAUUAAGGGCUUCGAUAUGCAGAGUUACCAUGAGAGCUUGGUUUUACCACCAUGAUAAAGUCUACUUUGUGACCUUCCAAAUGCCUUUUUCUUUUAUAGUUAUUGUUAUUGGUAGCAGUUUGGUGUGUUUCUUGACCUUGGAAAUGUUCUUCUAUUUCGAAAGGAAAUGGUUUUAAAGCAGUGUCUUGUGGGUUUAUUUUUAUGAA